AUGAAUAUCUCUGGAGGUACACAACUGGUUAGCCCAUUAUAUUUUAGUUGUGUUCAGCCCAAGCUGUACAGAGGUUCUUACCCAAGAGAGAUCAACCUGCCCUUCCUGAAGACACUCCGAUUAAAAUAUAUCGUUUCACUGACGGCAGAACCGAGUACAAAUGACCUAAUACUAAUGAAGUUCUGUGAAGAACAAGAUAUUGAAGUAAUACAUAUUUCGUGUGGUAAUGAUAAAUGUUCUAAAGAUAAGCCUAAAAUCAAGAGAAAGAAGAAACCUGUGCCGAUUGAAUACGAUGUGGUUAUAAAAUGCGUACAGUUUUUGAUCAAUAAGAAUCACUAUCCAUGCUAUAUACACUGUGAAACGGGGCAACUGGUCACUUCUUUAGUGAUUGCUUGUCUUAGAAAGCUGUCUUAUUGGAGUACGGUGUCUAUAUUCAACGAGUAUUUAACUUACAUGUCUGGCAUCAAUAUUCAUGAAAGAAAAUUUAUUGAAAGUUUCAAUUUAGAAAUAGAGGUCAAUGGGCUAGAUAUGACAGAUAAAGUCCCCUGGAUAUUAGCAAAAAAUCUGAAGUCAACUUCAGAAAAUGAUUUAUUACCUAGUCUACGAUUCCCUAGUUUAUAG